AUGACCUUCACCGUCACUGUCCUCUUUCCCAACGAGCCGGAUGCUAAAUACGAUUUUGACUACUAUGUAUCCAAACACAUGCCUCUUAUCCAAGAGAAAUGGGGUAAAUAUGGUGUCAAAAGCUGGUCGGCUACACAAUUCACGAAUGGGCUAGACGGUUCACCCAGCCCAUACGCAUUUGGGUCCAUCGUCGAAUGGGAGGAUGAAAGCCAGGUCAAGAUUGCUUUUGCAGGGCCUGAGGUCGCCGAGAUAAUGGGGGACGUGGCCAACUUCAGCAACAAGGACGCCAUUUUCCUUCUGGGCAAAGUCGCGGCCUGA